UUGCUUCUCUUGGGAGCAAUGUCUUCGGUUGCUUAAUUCUGCAAAACCCGCAACUUGAACAAAGGAAGUACCCUUAAUAUCGACGCAGCCAGAAGCUAUUAACAAAAGGAUUUCGGAAAAUGCCUCCAAAGAAGAAGAAGAACAACACUUCUUCUUCUUCUUCUUCUGCGUCCAAGAAGCAUAACCCUCAACCUUCCAAGUUCGGCAUCCAGCACUUCUUCGAUCGCCACACACAGAACAACGCUCUCCUCGCCUCCCAAAAGCUCCAAACUAACAAUGCUUCCGAUUCCGCCGCUAAACCAGUUUCUGACCCUCUCCCUGCCCGAACCAGAGACCCGAUUUUCAGCACCGUUGUGCAGGUGACUCCCCAACCGUCGCCGCAAAAACCUAGCCUCGACAAGGGUAAUACAAAUUAUAUUAGUAAUAAUGAUAAUAGAAGUAACAAUGGACCGUCCCAGAAUACUCCUACUGAGAAGUCGGUGGUGCCGGUUGAUAAUGUGAUGGAAGAUAUUGUGUCUGAGGUGUCCCCAGAUAUUUCUAAAGCUAUGCCGCUUAAGCGCUUCAAAUUCUCACCUGGAAUGUUUAUAAAGCAGACUCAAGAUUAUGGGGUUGAUGAGGUCACAUGGAAGAUAUCUCCAGUGAACGAAAGACUCCAAGCUGUUUCUAAACAUGUGCCAAAUGUCAUUAAAGCGUUGGCCGACUCUUCAAGACUCAACUUAUUGCCAUUUCGUAGCUGCUCAGAAGAUAAGAUUUUUCGGGAUAAAGAUGACAAGGUUGACGAAUUGCUUACUUCACCAACUCCCAAGGCUUCUGCAAAAGCUCUACCUUCAAUGAGUAAAUUAGGCUUGAAAAGGAUAAAUCCAAAACAAAGUGUGGAUUUUGACACCAAUCCAAUUACUCUGAGCUACUCUGGAGUAUCUAGCAGACAGAGUCCCUUCAGGACUCCACCCUCUUUGUCUCAUUGUCCCGAUAAGGUGCAUCCUAUUAAUGACAUUCAAUGCACUGGACCAUCUGAUCAACUUUAUCUCAGACAGCACAAAAAGACUUUGCUUGAACUGUUAGAUCAAGUUGAAGAUGCCAUUGCUGUUGAUGACGCUACUGUUUGUAACAAGGGAACUGAUUCUUUAAAAUGUUGUGAUGGCAUUGCUGAUGAGCUCCCUGUUAGAGCCAACCAUGCUGAAGAAAGAACAAGAUCACAUAGAUCUAAAGAGGAUAUGGUUGCUGACUCUAGUUAUCUGGUUUUGCAGGUGUCUGAAAAUUCUAGGUCUGCUGAUUCAUCUGCUGCUGAUGCUCGAUCCCCAUACAAGGUGCUUCGCUUACUAAAUGAGCAAACUGGAGAGGAGCGGGUUGUAAACUUGAGGGAUGAGUGGUUUUUCAGUGUAAUUGCACCUGGAGAUACUGUAAACAUAAUCGGUCAAUUUGAUGAAGGAGGAAGUUGUGAUAUAGGCCAUGAAAAUAAUUUCUUGAUUGUGCACCCAGACAUUCUGCUGUCUGGAACAAGGGUUGCUGGCAGUUUUGGUUGCCUUAGGAGAACUGUCUUAGAUGAGAGGCUAAAAUGCAAUGAGUACUCUACUGCAGCAUUGACUGGAACCUUGCUUCACCAAAUUUUUCAGGCUGGGCUCACAGAAGACAAUCCAUCUAUUGACUUCUUGGAAGGUUACACAGAAGUGGUAUUACUUAGGAACAUUGAGAGUCUGUAUGCUUGUGGAGUAAAUGAAAGUGAUGUUUGGAAAACCUUGAUUGAUGCUGUCCCGAGAAUAUUGAGUUGGAUUUUACGGUUCACAAAUAAGGAGGAAAAUGAAGAUCCUAAUGUUUGUUUUGGAUUUCACAAUAGGCCUAACAAAGUUGCCAUAUCUGAGGUAAUUGAUAUUGAAGAGAUGGCAUGGGCUCCUAAAUAUGGUUUGAAAGGGAUGAUUGAUGCUUCAGUCAGAGUGACAGUACAAUCAGUAAAAGAUGAACUGGAGGAGAAGAUUAUGCCAGUAGAGUUCAAAACCGGGAAAUCACCAGCUGGCCAGUCAUCAGCAGAACACAAUGCUCAAGUAAUCUUAUAUACUCUUCUGAUGUCUGAAAGGUAUCAAAACACCAUUGAUUCUGGUCUUCUAUAUUAUCUCCAAUCAGAUCAGACACAGGGUAUUGUGGCUCAAAGAUCUGACUUAGUUGGCCUAAUAAUGCGACGGAACGAGCUAGCAAGUGAUAUUCUUAAGGCAUUAACCUCGCAACAACUUCCAGCAAUGUUAAAGAGUCCUGGCAUUUGCAAAGGUUGUCGCCAUCUUAAUGUUUGUAGCAUUUAUCACAAGUUACAUGGUGGAAGCACAAAAAGCAGUGGAUUGGAAGAUGUAUUUGAUUCUCUUACUGACCACCUUACAUCUUCCCAUUCCAAGUUCCUCUGCCAUUGGGAUCGGCUGAUUGACUUGGAAGCCAAGGAGACUGAGCUUUUAAGGAAAGAGAUGUGGCGAUCACAUAGUUUAAAAGCUCCAAACUGUGGUAGCCUUUCUUCUAUUGUUCUCGAUGCUUCAUAUGGAAUUCCUCAUCAGAAAUCUGUCAAAGAUAAUCGCUUUGUUUAUCGUUUUGUAAGACAAGAUAAUUGUCCCUCUGAAGUUUCUGAUGGUGAUCAUUGUAGUACCUAUUCAACAAAUUUAGAUCUUACACUUGCAAGUGGAGACUAUGUGAUAUUGAGUAAUGACUCUAGUGGGCAAAUUAUUGCAAAAGGGGUGAUCUCUGAUAUUAGCCAGAUUCAUGUAUCUGUUUCCUUUUCAAAACGCUUACGAAUUCCUGGAAGAUGUUCCACUACACAUGAUCUCCUUCAACAGGUUUGGAGAAUUGACAAGGAUGAAUUUGUGACUUCAUUUGCAUCUAUGAGGUUUAAUCUUGCACAACUUUUUCUACAAAAUGUUCGGAGUACUCAUCUGCGGAGGAUGAUUGUUGAUCUUGAGGCUCCUAGGUUUGACUGUGAAUCUAUAGUCAGUCAGGAUCCAGCAAUAUCAUAUGUUCGGUCGAAGAAAUCUUUGAAUGAUGAUCAAUGUAAAGCAAUUCUCAAGAUACUUGCAGCAAAAGAUUAUGCGCUUAUAUUAGGAAUGCCUGGAACAGGAAAGACUUCUACGUUGGUUCAUGCUGUGAAAGCCUUGCUGGAAAGGGGCUCUUCCAUUUUGCUGACAGCCUAUACAAACUCUGCAGUUGAUAAUUUACUCAUGAAAUUAAAAGCACAGGACAUUGAUUUUGUUCGGAUUGGAAGACCAGAAGCAGUGCAUGAGGUGGUCAGAGGACACUGCCUUUCAGCAACAAGUAUACAAAAUGUUGAAGAUAUCAAAAUAAGGUUGGGUCAAGUCAGAGUUGUUGCAGUUACUUGUCUUGGCAUUUCCAGUCCCUUGCUUGCCAACAUGAGAUUUGAUGUAUGCAUUAUGGAUGAAGCUGGACAGACAACCUUACCUGUGUCCUUGGGCCCCCUAGCAUUUGCUUCAGUGUUUGUACUUGUUGGGGAUCAUUAUCAAUUGCCUCCACUUGUCCAGAGCAUAGAGGCCCGAGAGAAUGGCAUGGGGAUAAGUUUGUUCUGUAGGCUCUCCGAAACACAUCCAGAGGCAAUUGCGGAAUUACGGAGCCAGUACCGGAUGCGUCAAGGCAUUAUGGACUUGUCAAAUGCCUUGAUAUAUGGUGACAGGUUGAGGUGUGGUUCAUCUGAAAUAGCUAAUGCAACACUUGAGUUUUCUAAUCUAAACUGUGGCUUGACUUGGCUAGAAGAUGUUUUAAAUCCAAGCAGGCCAGUGAUUUUUAUUGAUACUGACAUGUUACCUGCUUUGGAGGUAAGAGAUCAGAAGACUGUCAAUAAUCCAGUUGAAGCUCACAUAAUUGCCGAGGUAUGCCAUUUUCCCUAUGAUACAGUUGCAACGGAAUUGGUUAGAAAUGGAAUUGUAGGAGAGCAGAUUGGUGUUAUUACCCCCUAUAAUUCACAGGCAAACCUCAUCCGGAAAGCAGCUUCCGAGAUUUCCAUGGAGAUACAUACCAUUGACAAAUAUCAGGGUAGAGAUAAGGAUUGCAUAUUAGUCUCUUUCGUAAGAUCUAGUGAAAACCCAACGAACCUUGCUGCUUCUCUUCUCGGAGACUGGCACAGGAUAAAUGUGGCACUCACUCGCGCUAGGAAAAAGUUGAUCAUGGUGGGGUCUCGUAGAACUCUUUCAAAGGUUCUGCUACUGAAACUUCUCAUUAAGAACGUUGAGGAACAAUGUGGAAUUAUAAGUGUUUCGAAGAAGGAUAUCGUUCCAAAAGGUCAGCUCCGAAAAUGUUCUCAAAUGGGUUGAACUAAGAACAUUUCCCUCGCAUUGGAGGGAAGUUUUGUGAGAAUCAAAUGUAAAUAUGCAUUCAUUUUGUUUUGUUUGAACAGAAAAAAAAUUGGCUUAUGCAAUUUUUGUUCGGGAUAGUGGUUCUAUAAAGUCUUCCUUAUUGUAAUAUCUCCAAGGUUUAAUAUGUAAAGACCACAAUUUCCUCAUUAAUUGCGGUUAU